GCGAAUGAGUGACUCGCCUAUUCAUCUUCCUUCAUAUAUUAAAAAUAAACAUACAAAAAUUCAAUUUCAACAAAUCACAAUAUUCAAAAUCCACAUUCAGUUCAAAUAUUCUAUUCCUUAUCAAUUUUAUCCCACCGCCCCAAAUCAUAAUGUUUCUCCCUUCAUAUAUGUCACCCCUAUCUCUUCUUACCUUCAUGUCCCCAAUUCCAGAUUUUUCUUUCUUCUUCCCUCAUGCGUAACACAAUACGCAGACAACGACCCUCUCUCAGAAUCGAUUCUGUCUGAAUGGCCUAAGGUUUAAACUAUCUGUAAGGCACUUGACUCACUGACCAAUAACGACAUGGCGUAAGCAAAGUAUUCUCAAAUAGAUAACAAACGGUCUGCAUCGGGUUACUGCUCGACAGUGACUAUUAUUUGUGGCUCUACGCGGGACCGGGUCAGGGACGACGACGUCGUACUUUGUAGUUCCUGUGUAAAACGUAGACAAGUCUUCAGUGAACGAUGAGAAUGAGGGGAAAGAACAUAGUAAGGUGAUACCAGCAAUAACAAUGUUGCGGCAGUCUAAAGAUAUUCAAAUGAGUUCAAAAAGAGGCUUGAUCAGGUUGUAACUGGGAGCUGUAACAACAGUAAAUUACAACCGAAAUGCCAACAUGAAAUGUGAGCUUUCCAAAUGUAAACACAGGAGAACCAAAAGCACUUAUGCAGAAUAAUCCACCUGCAAAAUAGAGACUUUGUCACUUAAUUAUAAUUAACCUCCAACUGUUAUAAAACUGAAAACCUGCAAAACAAUGGAACAUGAGAAAACAACUAGCUCAAAAGACCCAAAACAGAAUUAACUGAAAACAAAACUUAUUCAAAAAAAAUUCUAACAGAAUUUCCCAACUGAUUCAACAAAUUCUAAUAGCUGUCAUAACAGAAAUUCACACAGUUUCUAACCAAGUUUCAUAACAAAAUUUGAUAGAAAAAUCUAUAUAUACCUCACCACAUCUUCUUCAACGCCCCCUCUCUUUUUUUUCUUCACUUCCUUCUCCUCCACCUUCAACCUCUCUUCCAUCUUCUCUAUCCACUAGCAAUCUUAUUCACUCCCAUUUGAUCAUCUUCAGUCUUCAUCCUCACCAAGCCUCACUUGCAUCUAACGUGUAACCUCCAAUCACCACCAUUCAACCACCGUUCUUCGUUCCUUCAGCCAUCACCACCAACCAACGAAAAACCGCAUAACCGUUAUAACCUGCAUUCUCGUCCAUUCUUCUCUUGACCCCAACAGUUCAUAAGAACUCUCACCAUCAUCUUGUUUUAGGGAUAACACACUCAACCUUCAAUCCACGUAAUAACUCUCCAAUCCCACUCCUCCACAGAACACACAACAAUCUGCACACGAUAAAAUCAGAACAGAAGAAGAAGAGGAAUCAAAAAACAGAAUGCAACAGAUAACUCAUAGAAGGAAAAGAGGAGUAACCAGAAAUUGGAGGAAGUGACUCACAAUUGGAGAAGUUCGUCAUCUCUUACGGCGAGGCACGAACGGCCCUUCAUCAUUACAAGUCAGCGGCACAAAAGCGUAGAGUUUCAUCUUCAUCGUACAAUCUUCGUCAUAGAUCAACAACACGCCACAAUACGAGACGCACACGGUUCCGGAAUUGGGUAGGUCCUCCUUCUUCUAUCCGCCUUUUGAUUACGUACAGUGGAACGAGCCUUGAGGUAGUAUAUGUCUUGCGCCGUAGAGUUUGUAUUUCAUUUGAAUCUCGGGCUUAAGGGAAACGUUGAAGACGACGGGAAAUUUCCACGGCGGCGUAUGGUAUUUGAGAGACGUUUCCGGCAUCGCAAAUUGGGGGCUAGGUUUCAUGGAAGAAGCGUCUCGCGUGGGAUCCGAUUCCCCUUUGACAUUGUGGUUUCGGUUACGUGGAUAUUGAACCCGAUCUUGGAGCCUUCUUGGAGUUCUUGGAGUCCUCUUGGAGUCUUGGGCCGAAAACCCAAAAGCUUCAUGGCCCAAGUACGUUUUCGUGCACAUACCACCAUAUUCAGGCCUGCACCCCCAUAUCGUCCACGAAAGCCCAAUUCAGUGGUUCGAAGAAGAGGUGUAGAUGGCCGGAUUCCAGUCCGCACGUUAGACCGGGGUGCAUCUUCAUCUGCAGCUGCAGCUGAGCCGACUGGAUAUCCAGGAGGGCCGUACGAUACGUCUCUUUUGGUGAAGUACGAGCAUCAUGUUGCUCGACAUAUAUGGUUCGGUGAGAUUCAACCCUAA